AUGGAAUUAGUAAUAAAGGAACCAUAUAUAGUAAUAUUUGAAAAGAUAUUAAAAUUAUUUACAUCAAUUUGUGAAAAUUUACAUUUUAGGUUAACACAAAAUAAACUACAAUUAAGCGGAUCUAAUAGCUUAACUAAUGAAUUAAUUAUAUAUAUAGAUAAGAAAUUUUUUUUAUUAAAUGAAAUAAAUUCUGAUAUAAGAAAUAUAAAUGGCACUGUUAAUUCAAAAGAUUUUUAUAAUUGCAUAUAUAGUCAUAAAAUUGUAAAACAAUUUAAAAAUAAUGGAUAUUACUCCUGUAAUAAAAAUAAUAAUGAGAUAAAGUUAGCAAAAAAUUAUGACAAGGAAGAUAAGUAUCAAGGAAAAAAUAAGAAAUGUAAUUUAAAUAUUUCAAAAUUGAUAUUAAAAUUUAAUAAGGAAAAAAUAAAUAUCUUAGAAAUAGUUAUAAAAUUUAAAAAAUGUAAUACUCAUUUUAGUGCAAUAUUAAAAUUAAGAUCAUUUAAUACCCCAUUAAAAAAUUAUAUGUAUAAAAAUGAAUCAAUUAUACAAGUUGAACCGACCCUAUUCCUUCUUAACCUCAAAGACUUAGCUAAUGAAAGAAAUAUUUUUUUAAAAAAUACUGAUAAUUCUUUCGUUAUAAGCUCAUUAGAAACAUCUGAAUUUAGUUUAAAUAAAGAAAAAGUAAAAAGGGAACAAUUUUUUUAUAACAAUAAAUUUAUUGCCAUUCCUUCAUGUAAAACUAAGUAUUUUUUUAAAAAUAAAAAAUUUGAAGACCAUAAUAUGUCACUACCUCUCAAUGAAUUAAAAAAUAUAAUUAAAUUUUGUUCAGAUUUAAAUCUAUUAUGUUUAUUCUCAACAAAAAACUUUAAAGAAAAUUUGAUUAUUUAUUUUGGUAGCAUUAUUACUCAUAUUUUAGAAAAAAAUAGAAAAAGAAUAACCAAUAUAAGAAAAAAAAGAAUUUAUGAUGAUAAGUAUUAUUAUAAAGAUAAUUAUUCAGAAGGAAGUCCCCUUAUAAAUUUCAAAGAAGAACAUUCCAAUUCUUGUGUUUUUUAUUUAUCUGAUGAUAACUCAAGUGAUGAAUUUGAUUCUAGUCUGGAAGAUAUAGAUAAAGAUGGUUAUUUUCUUGACCAUUAUGAAACAAAUUCUCUUGAUGAUAGACAUUUUAACGAUAUUAUUACAGGUUAUAUGCAUUUUACGUCAUACUUUAAUAUUUCAUGCAACUUUAAGGAACUUCAAUGCAAUGAUAGUAAAGUUCCAAAUGACUUUCAGCAAAUAAACUUUAAUCAACAUAAUAAUUCUUUUGAAAAAAAAGAAAAUAUGACAAUAAAACAAGAUAAGAAAUUAAAAAAAGGGUUUCACCAAGAGUCUUUUUUUAGAAGUGAUCUCAGUAAAUCUAAUAUGGGCACUUUGAAUAAUUCUAGUAAUAAAAAAAAUGAAUUGUUUAAUGAAGUAAAUAAAAAAUUUAAUAUUAAUGAAAAUAGUAAUGGACAAAAUUUAAAAAAAGAUAACAUUUCUGACAUAACCAAUAUGAAGAAAAAUUAUUUAAAUGAACCAUAUGACGAUUAUAGUUAUAAUUUGAAAUUUUUAAAAAAUAAUAAAAACGAUACCUUAGGUAAAAAGGAACUUAAUACAUUAGAUCAAAAUAAUAAUAGAAACGGAGAAUGGAACUGUGAUAAUUUUAUGAAAAAUAGCAAAAAUAAAGAAUUUUUUUAUGAUAAAAAUAUCAUAGAUAAUGGUGACAUAUAUAAAAUGAUUAGAAAUAAUAAUGAUAAUAAAUAUGAAAAAUACAACUCUAAUAAAGAUUUCAGUGACAUUAAUAAUAAUAAAUAUGAAAAAUACAACUCUAAUAAAGAUAUCAGUAACAUUAAUAAUAAUAAAUAUGAAAAAUACAACUCUAAUAAAGAUAUCAGUGACAUUAAUAAUAAUAAAUAUGAAAAAUACAACUCUAAUAAAGAUAUCAGUAACAUUAAUAAUAAUAAAUAUGAAAUAUGUUACAAAAAUAAUAAUAUCAGUAAUACUAAUGAUAAUGUUUAUGAAAAAUAUGAUUAUAACAAAUAUAUGAAUAACAAUAACAAUAAUAACAAAUGUGAAAAAGAUGAUUAUAACAAAUAUAUAAAUAACAAUAAUAAUAAUAACAAAUGUGAAAAAAAUGAUUUUAACAAAUAUUUAAAUAACAAUAACAAUAAUAAUAAUAACAAUGAAGAAUAUGCCUAUAAUAAUGAUAUGAACAAAAACAACUAUAAUAAUAAUAAAUAUGAAAAAUGUUACAAUAAUAAAAAUAUCAAUAAUGCUAACGAUAAUAUUUAUGAAAAAUAUAAAUAUGAUAAAAAUAUUAGCAACAAUAGUAAUAAUAAAUAUGAAAAAUAUGAUUAUGAUAAUGAUAUGAAGAACAACAACAAUAAUAAUAAAUCUGAAAAAGAUGAUUAUAACAUAUAUAUGAAUAACAACAUUAAUAGUAAUAAAUAUGACAAAUUUUACGAUAAUAAGGACAUUAGUAACAGUAAUUUUAAUAUAUAUGAAAAACAUAAAUAUGAUAAAAAUUUAGGAAAUAAUAGUAACAAUGAAUAUGAAAAAUAUAACCAUAAUAAAAAUAUCAGUAAUAGUAAUGAAAACUUAUAUGAAAAACAUAAAUAUGAUAAAAAUUUAGGAAAUUAUAGUAACAAUGAAUAUGAAAAAUAUGAUUUUGAUAAGAUAAAUGGAGAUAUUAAAUUUGAAGAAUUGAAUUAUGAUAAGUUUAUAAGAGGUAAUACUAAUAUUUCAGAUGCUUAUAUGAACAUAAAAGUGAAAAUAAAAGAACUUGACUCAACUUUGGAAAAUUUGAAAAAUAUAGAUAAUUAUAAAAAAAAUUGUGUUUUAAAUAAAAAAUUGAAUAAUUAUGUUGGUAUAUCCUCUGAUUAUAAUGCAUCUAAAAAUAUAAAUAAAAGAAAAAAUUUUGUGGAUAACUUUCAAAUAAGGAAAAGAAAUAAAAAAAUUUCAAACGAUAGUUAUAAAGAUUUAAAAAUAAAAAGGAAUAAUUCUCAUGAAAGUAUAAGUGAAUAUAACUCAAUGGUAAGUGAUAGUUUUUAUUCUUUAAGUGAAGAUAAUGAAAUAGAAAAUAAUUCAAAGUAUGAAAAUAUAGAAUAUUUUGAUUAUUUUAAUAAAUUGUAUUCAAAAUAUAAUAUAUAUAAUAAUAUGAAAAAGUGGGAAAUAAAUUCAGGUGAAAAUUUUGUGAAACAAAAUCUUCCUUUAGGAAAUGGUGAUAAAACUAAUGGAAAAUUACAUCUUUUGAAUUAUAAUAAAAAUUCAAAAUAUAGAAGAUUGAAUACAAAUAACAGUAAUACAGUUAUAAAAACAAAUGAAAACAAUAUACAUAAUUUAAAACAUAACAAUAAACAAUCUUAUUAUACAAACUGCAAAUUUAAAAAUAAAAAAUGA